AUGGAGGUCGCUCCUGCCCACCUGGCGGAGGCUACCUUGGCCGAGGUGGCUCACCUUAACACCCGACGCGACGACAACUCUCAAUCCCGGACAGCCCUCCAAGUAAUCACUGUCAAAAAAUCAGUCAAAAUGGCCCAGGAGAUCAGCGACAUCAAGAAGUUCAUCGAGGUCUGCCGGCGGAAGGAUGCCUCCUCCGCCCGGAUCAAGAAGAACAAGAAGACCUCUUUGAUCAAGUUCAAGGUCCGAUGCUCCAAGCACCUGUACACGCUGGCCCUGAAGGACGCCGAGAAGGCCGAGAAGCUCAAGCAAUCGCUGCCCCCUAACCUGCAGAUCAAGGAGGUGACCAAGCGUGAGAAGAAGGUCAAGUCCGCAUAA